AUGAACGCCUUCCUCCGAAUGAUCUCCGAGGCGGACCAGAGCGCCGUCGAUCACCUGGUCAGGGAGUGGGAGAAGCAGGUGCGCGAGCUCGCCUACGACGCCGAGGACUGCGCCGACACCUACUGGCUCCGCGUCAGGCGCCUGAUGGCGCCCCCCCAGCUGCCUCACAUUAUCGUGAAAUGGCCCAAGUACCAGCUGGAGAAGCUGCUGCUGCGACGCACCCUCGCCGCCGACGUCAAGGCCCUUCUGGCACGCACCACCACCGUCAGCGAGCGCCGCGUUCACUACGGCAUCGACCGGGCGGCGCUACCCAGGUCUCCGUGGCUCGCCCCGGUCUCGGCGGUGGCGUCUGUGUCCGCGAAUGCCCUCCGCCGUGCCGAUGACCCUGAUGAUCAGUUCGUCGGCAUCAGGGAACAGGUCGACACCUUGGCGGAGAGGAUCAAAGCCGACGAUAAUGACAGAAGCCUCAAGGUGUUCUUCAUCGUGGGGUCCGGAGGGCUGGGGAAGACAACUCUGGCGGUGGAGCUGUGCCGGCAGCUGGAGGCCGACUUCCAGCGCCAGGCGCUGGUGUCUGUGUCACAGGCGUUCGAUGGCGGGAAGGACAUGAAGGGACUGAUGGCCCGACUGAUCAAGCAGAUUGUGAACCUGAAAGAAGAUGGUGAGCAAACCCAAGGCAACCAACUUAAAAUCAACCAAAUGGACGUGGAAGAACUGUCGAGCAAGCUCAAGGAGCUCCUCAAGGACAAGAGGUAUCUCAUUGUGAUCGAUGAUGUAUGGAGCAUACCAGCAUGGGAAGCUAUCCGCGUCAGAUUGCCAGAGAACAAAUGCAGCAGCAGAAUAAUUGUGACGACUCGGAUAGAGACAGUGGCCAAAGCAAGUAGUGUUUCAAAGGACCUUGUCCAUCAUAUAAAGCCACUGGACUUAGAUGACAGUAAGAAGCUAUUCGUCAAGAGAGUAUUUGGCUCCAUGGGUGGUACUUGCCCCGACGGAUUGAAAGAUACCAUGGACAGUAUUUUGAAGAAAUGUGGUGGGUUGCCAUUGGCUAUUGUUAGUAUAGCCAGCCUUCUAGCAAGCUACAAUUCAGCUGAGAGUGUAGAAAUGUGGAUAAAAGUGUCCAACUCAAUUGGUUCUCAGAUGGAGAGUCACCCCACCCUGGAGGGGAUGAGGCAAAUGAUUACACUAAGCUAUGACUACUUGCCUCAUCAUCUAAAGGCUUGCAUGAUGUAUCUUAGCACUUUCCCUGAGGAUUAUGUGAUUGCCAAGGAUAGGUUGUUGUACAGAUGGAUUGCCGAAGGUUUGGUUGCUGAGAAGCGGGGUUUGACUUUGUUUGAUGUUGCAGAAGAGUACCUCAAUGAGCUGAUAAGCAGGAACAUGAUUCAAACAGACAAGCUGCGGGUAACCAGAAAAACCUUACAGGCAGAAAUGGGCGAAGCAUGCCGGGUGCACGAUAUGAUGCUUGAGGUCAUGGUGUCCAAAUCCCAAGAUGCCAACUUUGUUAGCUUGGUAGGACAGCAAUACGGAGGAAGAUCACCAUGCGGCAAAGUUCACCGCCUCUCAGUCCAUGCGAAUGACGACAACGAGCGCGUUAGUCAGAACAAGGGAGUGGAGCAGCGAUAUCAUGCGAGACAUGGCAUUGAGGCGAUGAACCUACAACAAGUUCGAUCGCUGACUAUAUUUCAGUCGGAAGGCCUUGAGAAGCUGUUGAAUCGACUAGGCGAGUUCAAGUUGCUGAGGGUACUUGACCUGGAAGACUGCAAGGCUCUGCAAGACAAGCAUAUGAGAUAUGUCUGUCGGUUGUAUCUUCUCAGGUUCUUGAGAUUGACGGGUACACGAAUCAGUGAGAUGCCUAGCGAAAUCGGUGACCUGGAGUAUUUGGAGAGUCUGGAUGUUGGAAGUAGGGUGUACAUGCCGCCAACCGUGACGAAGCUGCAUAGACUUGAGCGCCUGAGGGUGCCUUGGUGGACUUUGCCAUGGGGGCUUACUGUGGUUGAGGAGCCCGAAGAGGAGUUUUCAAGUGUGCUUUGCUCCUCCCUGAGCAAGACAUGCGCCCUCCGAUCGCUCCACCUGUAUUCUGGCAGGACACUGGACUCUCUCCUUCACGUCUCCUCACCGCCACCACUCCUCCAGCAUCUUACUAUGAUGGGGCCCAUUAGUCAAUUUCCUGAUUGGAUCUCAUCACUCAAGCACCUUGCAGAAUUUUCGGUGGAAUGGGCCAAGCUUGCUGCUGACCAGCUGCUUGAUUCCUUGUGUAAGUUUCCCAGCCUGCAGAGCAUCCGACUGGGGAUGCGGAGCUGCAGAGACCGAGAACUGGUUGCACGCACCACACACAGUUUUCCAGCGCUGAGGAUCCUGGAUUUGUACCUCGCUGGAGAACAUCCCAAAGUAGUUGAAUUUGAGCAAGGAUCAAUGACAAAGCUGGAGACGCUUCUAUUGGAGUUCUCUGACAAGGAGAGGAGAGUUGUCGGCAUCGACAACUUGAAGAGCCUUAAAGAGGUGAAGCUCAGUGGUUGGGAAAAUAACCCAUCACUGCAACGCGCACUGCAGCAGCUCAAGGAGGAGAACGAGAAUCGCCCUGAGUCCAGCCAGAUCAAAGUUGUAGUGCAGUAUGGGUGA